AUGAUACCUAUGUAUAUGGUACGAAUAGGUACCGGCACACUCUACCUUACCAGAGGGCCUGCACCGAAGUGCAAGGGGAGACAUACAGGGGUGAUUGAAGUGAAAGGUCGGAGGGGCCUACCAUUUUGCUGGCACUGUGCUACCAGAAGGGCAUAUCAGACAGACCUAGGCCUUGUAAGAGCUCUCUCGGCUGAAUGGCUAAUGCCGUGUGCCUCAGGUUCUUGGUUUGGAUGGCACANNCGAGUUGCAGCCAACCCAAACGAUUCGGCAAACAAGCAACCAUCGCCAGGUAGGGCCAAAACGGCCCAGUUGCAUGCAUAA